AUGACACAAAUACCAACACCCCCUUCGUCUCGUGGCGCAUCCAUUGAACCCACUGAGCCCGAAGACAAGAGAAACAAUGCAGCCACAACAUCAUUUGAUGAAAAAGUCCAACAACUCGAUAACCUACUAGAACGCUAUCUUCUCUUACUAGACACUCACCAAAAACUUCAAGAGUCACUAGGGAAGCAGCUAUCGUCGGGAUUCUUCCAACUUGCACAUGCAAAUUAUGUCUCGCCCGGCCGUAGAUUCGGCGAGGACUUUUAUGAUGAACGGAUGAAAGCGACGAGGAGAUUAAGGAAUGUUACAUCCUUGCCGGACAAUGACCAAGACUCUAGUUGGAUAGAUACUCGACUGGAAAGAGUUCAGUUUGAAGUAGAGUAUAAAUCUGUCAUCAAUUCCAAGAAUGAUGAACAGGAGGAAUUGAAUGAUGCUGGACAAGACGUAGAGAAAGCCGCCACAGAGACAGUGGCCGAUGAUACACAGCCCGACCAUACGGACGAGACCAAUCAACAAGCUGAAAAAUCGUCAGGAAUCACAACGCCGCCAACACAACCCCAGGAUGCUGCUAAGAACAACAAUGAAGACAAAGGCACUGGCUCUACAACCAAAACAAAAUCAGAAACAGUCACCAAAAAGAAGAAAAAGAUAUUCCGCUCCGAUGAUCCAAUCUCUUGGUAUGGGAUCCUCGUACCCUCAUCACUAAAAAGUGCCCAAAAAUCGUUCACUGAAGCUAUUGAUGAUGGAAUCCCGCAUCUUGUCAGUGUCAUUAGCGAGAUGAGACGUGUGGAGGACAUGGUUUAUGAGCUGAGAAAGGAGAUAUAUGGCUCAGUUGAAGCUAAAUAA